CAGGCAUGCGUAGACCGACUGACCCACACUGCAUCUGUGUUCUGGAAUAAUUGAUGAAAGCAGCCGACAGCUGCCCCAAAUAUUUCUCCAUUCGAUCGCUUUUCAUUACGCCGUAACCCGAAGACUGCCUCAGCUGACAGGGAUGUCGGAUAUAUUCGUUGCUCUGCCUCCAGCUACUUCUGAUGGCUGCGUCCUUUUCGGGAAGAACUCCAACAGACCUCCGUCAGAAGUGCAAGAAGUCGUGUACUACGCCUCCAAGACUCAUGACAACGACAGCAAGCUGCAGUGCACGUUUGUUGAGAUUGACCAGGUGUGUCACACUCAUGCCGUGAUCUUGAGCAAACCCGGCUGGACGUGGGGGGCAGAGAUGGGUGCCAACGAGCACGGGGUGUGCAUCGGUAACACAGCAGUGUGGACUACGCUCUGCCAGUCGGGAGACCACGUGGAAAAACUGAUAGGUGUGGACUUUGUAAGGUUAGGUCUGGAGAGAAGCGCCACUGCUAAAGAAGCCCUAGACGUGAUUACUAAACUCCUGGCUGAGCACGGCCAGGGAGGACCAUGUUUUGAGGACCACAGCUUUGGACAGUGGACCCACCAUAACAGCUUCCUGAUGGCGGACAGAACAGAGGCGUGGGUGCUCGACACGGCGGGGCCCUUCUGGGUGGCUCAGCGAAUUGUCUCUGGUACCUAUAACAUCUCGAGCUGCUUGACAAUCGGGUCGGAGUUCGAUGCUAGCCUGCCUGACCUGAAGGAUCUUGCCCAGAGUGGAGGCCACUGGAAGCCAGAAGACGGAGAGUUCCACUUUGCCAACGUGUUCGGCGCCGAGUUCACUGGUCUGUCCUUGUCUGACGUCCAACUUCCCAGCAGCCGACUCAAGAGUGGCAAGGAACUGUUGACAAACGCCACCAGUAAAGGGAAGAUUUCCCUGGAAGAAAUGUUUGGCAUUCUCCGUGACGAGCCGAGUAGCAUCAACUUCAGCGGCGACAUUCACACGGUUGCCAGUCAGGUGUCCGUGAUGUCUCCAUCGGACACCAAUGCCUUGGAUAUCCACUGGUUCACGGCUACGCCCAACCCGAGUGUCUCCGUCUUCAAGCCGUUUAUCUUCUGUCCGGACUCGGACACCGGGGACGUCACAGUGUCGCCCGCUAUCGGCGGCGAGAAAGGGAGGCCGUGUCUACAGUCCUCGGUCGACAGGCGACACGCGCUGUACAAGAUGCACGAGAAGUGGCGGGAACUCAUGGAGAACAAAACGGCCAUCGGCGACAAACUGUGCAAGACAAUGAGAGAACUGGAGAGCAGCUGCGUGCAGGAGAUGCUGGAGUUCGCAAAGACCAGCACCAAGUCUAGUUUAGGUGACGUGGGCGAUCUCUUCAAGGAUGUCACGGAGUCAGAAAUGAAGUUUUAUAGAUAAAAAAUAAUAAUAUAUGUCACUUAUAAAAGCUUUUCUUCUGCUUAUGGCAAGAUGAGGAGUACUGUGGUAAGAGUUUGGAAGAGACUCGUUUGAUAAACGCUUAUAUGGAGAAAAACAGAUAAUUCGUCACAGAGCAAUGUGGUUUAAGUCUUAAUACAAUUUAGGAUCUGCUUAAUUAAUUCUGUGUUUUGUGUUUACCUAAAUGUAAUACUAGAUGCUGGACGUCUAUCAAAGAUAUACAUGUUGUACAAAGAAACGAGAGGUGGCAAUGAUUUAAUUCUAUUGAAAAUAAAGCUAUUUUUUAUUUUAGAACCCAAUAAAUAUAAAAUGUAUGUAAACUGUUUUGAAACACAAAGAAACGUUUGACACACAUACCACUACAGCAAAAACAAAAACGAUUUUCAUACUAUAAUAAUUAUUGAAACGGCGAAUACUGUAUUGUCCGUGAUGUGUUAAUAUGUUCUAGUGCUGUCGAUCCGAACCAUAUUUUCAAAUGCAGUUCAGGCAUAUGCUAUUGAUUUUAUGUGUAAAUUAUCAAUCUUUAUUAUAAAACUUAUGACAUGUAUGUUGAAUGCUUAGGCCAUACGACUGCUAGACACAUGCACGGCGCAAUGACUGGAUCAGAAUUAAUUUCUUUAGGUUGCACACCACCAUAUCUUUUGUUAGCAUUUUAACACAAUGUCUGUCAGAAUAUACAUCAAGUGGCCUACGUGGCUGCUAUUUUUAGGAAGUGAAGUUGCUUGGUAUUAAACUACCAUGCAGAAAAUAAUCAAUAUAGGCUGAGCACAAACAAUUUAAUUAUCCACCGCCUCCCCGACGCCAUAUAACCGUAAAUAAAAUGUCUUGAGUGCGUCGUUAAAUAAAACAUUUCCUUUCUUCCUAUUCACUGGCUCAUGUUGCUGUUAUAUAAGUGGUAGCUUUCCACGUGCACAAUUGUUAUCAUUUAUGAGUUAUUUAAAUACUGCCUACAUGUAAUCACCAGACAUAUUUGAAUAUGAAUUUCAGUAAUUUUUAAAAAAAGGUUUUAAUGAAGACCUUUUUUCCUAAACAGCGCAAUAUAUUACACAAAAUAACAACACGAAGAAUGGUGGUAUGGUACCUAAAUGGAUGUUGUAUGUCAAUGGUUUGCACCAAUGUUGUUUUCAUGAAUGAUGUAUCGAUGCUAUUAAAAAUAUUGCAUUCCAUUUAGUGAUGUGCUUUAUUUAUGUAUGCUACCAGUAAUGUAGUAUACCACUCUGUAUCUGACAUCAUAUUAUGUAAUGGUUAUUUCAGAAAUGGUCACAUGGUUGGACAAUGCCAAUAUUUUUUUAAAAGAUUACUAUUCUUAUAAAAUAAUUGUGGUUAUUAUAUCGAUCUGUUUUAAAUAUUUCUUUGUGUAAAGUUCAUUUUUGUGGAAUAUUGUCCAGUGUGAAAUAUCCGCAGGUGUGUGGGGAGUAGGGUCGUACCUAGCCUAAAGUUACUGGGGUAGGGGUGGGGAUAAAACACAUCAGCACAUAGUAGUAUAGGAUCUUCUUGAGCAAGACACAAAGUCACCUUCAAACAACGAAACGUCACUUUUUGUUGAUAUAGUUUGCUUUUGUUUUGUUUUAUGUUUUUGGGGUGGCUGGGGCACAUGCCUUUAACAACAUGACCCAUCCACACCCGCUUGGUACCGUCUUGGGGCUGGUUAGGAUACAAAUAUUUGUUCAAGUAGUUUCUGGAAGGUUAAUCGGUUCUUUUUCGUUUUAGUUUGGUGUCUUGUUUGGGACGUAUUCCCUCUUUUCAGGUUAGGCAUAAAAUGAUUGUCUUAAUGAUAUCUAUUAUGCCAAUUCUUCAAACAAUUAAAAGUAUUUUUACAUUUUUGUCGAGUCUCUAGAGAUCCGUUAUUGACUUCCAAAUGUGGUUAUCGCCACUUUCUCAUGAUGCCCGAAACGCUAAUGUUUACUGUUUUAUUUAUUUAUUUUAUUUAUUUUUGUCUACCGUACAAUACGUUAUAAAACUAGUAUAUUUUAUGGGUGCCUGUAAAUUAAUUUCAUUUUAAUCCAUGGAUGGGGGAUGGAUAUCGCGUGAUCAUUUCUGGAAAAUAACCACCAAAGGUGUACGGUCCAUACUGUUUAGUCUGAUUUUUAAUAUUUUAACUAUUAUUUUUUAUAUUAAUUUUAAGUUAAAUUUAAAAAAAUAUAUAUUGUGUUAAAUGUGCUAGUGUAUGUUUGUGCAAAAUAUGUUGUGUGCUGCAAAUAUGUGUAAUUUUGCGAUAUAAAACACUAUUAUGUUGCUUUUGAACUGAGAAUUUGACAGUACCCUUGGUAUGCACGGUUAACUGGAGUGGCUUCUCUGACCAUUGGCCUUACGAUUGGUGUACUGGUUCGCACCUCGGUAACAGCUUCCACUCAGAACGAGAAAUGUGGGCUCUUUGGGAAGGUGCAAGACCACUACACUGACUUCUGGUGGGGUUUUGUCGCUAAUUAUGAACAAGUAACCAUUAACUCUGUCCUGCACAUACAGACGAUGUGUGUGCCCAGGACAGCGUGCUUGAAUCUUAAUUGGAUAUAAUCAAAUCGGUGGAUUUUGUGGGGGUUUCUUGUUUGUUUGUUGUAAGCUUUUUCCUUCUUUUUUUUUUUCUUUUUUUUUUUGUGUGGGGGGGGGGAUUCUUUUAUGUAUUAAAUGUUUGUUUUUGUGUUUGUUUUUGUUUUUUGUUUUUCUCUUUUUGUUGGUUUGUUUUCGUUUUGCUUCUUUUUUCUUCUUUUUUUUAUUUAUUUUUAUUUUUUUAUUAUUAUUUUUUUAUUGUUUUGGGGGGAGGGGUGUAGGCUAUUAGAUUGUCUUUCAAUGAGCAUUUGUUUCUCAUACUAUUAUGCAAAACAUUCAUUGUGAACGUGUAUGAUGACGUUCAUGUCUGUGAAGAGGAUAUCUUUAAUAAAUGAUUUGUCUUUAUACGGAAAUGGUUGACGUCAUCAAACUGCAAACUUUUUGUUUGGUUGUGGUUAAGUAGAAGAAAGCCCAUAGUGACGUAAACAUGUAAAAGCUUUAGUUUGUUCAUGAGAAUGGUAUAAUCUAGUGUAUGUGUAUUGAAUUGAUAGCAAGCGCUCUCGAGCGUUCUUUCUACUGAAAACAAAACUUGUUGUAUACACUUAUUUUCAUUUUAUUCACUGAUAUUUUGCAUCCCGUGGUAAUAAAUUUGCAACAUUCAGAAUUUAUAAUGAUAAUAAUGAUGGUGAUGAUGGUGGUGAUGAUGGUGAUGAUGACGACGACGAUAAUGAUGAUGAUGAUGACGAUGACGAUAAUGAUGGUGAUGACGACGAUAAUGAUAAUGAUGAUGA